UCCGACCCCCGAGACUCAGGGGCUGGGCUUCGCCGAGACCCCUCCCCCCCGGCGGUGGGAGGCCUCCCCGCGGCGCAAAUCGGGCGGUGAGAGUCGUGCAGCUCUGUGGGUGACUGCUGUGCCCCUGGCCUCCCGCAGGAGGAUGCUGGUGGUGGAGGUGGCGAACGGCCGCUCCCUGGUGUGGGGGGCCGAGGCGGUGCAGGCGCUGCGAGAGCGCCUGGGAGUAGGGGGCCGCACGGUGGGCGCCCUGCCCCGCGGACCCCGCCAGAACUCGCGCCUGGGCCUCCCGCUGCUGCUGAUGCCCGAAGAGGCGCGGCUGCUGGCCGAGAUCGGCGCGGUGACCCUAGUCAGCGCCCCGCGCCCGGAUCCCCGCCAACACAGCCUGGCAUUGGCAUCCUUCAAGCGCCAGCAAGAGCAGGGCUUCCAGGAGCAAAGUGCUCUGGCAGCUGAGGCCCGUGAGACCCGUCGUCAGGAGCUCCUAGAGAAGAUUGCAGAGGGCCAGGCUGCGAAGAAGCAGAAGCUGGAACAGAAAUCAGGGACCAGCGGGAGCCAGGAGGCCGGUGGGAACCAAUCUGCAGAAGAGAACGAGGCCAGUGCUGGCCAGGCUGCUGGAGAGCGUGAGGAAGCAGGUGAAGGCUCCUCCUCUCCCCAGCCAGGGCCUUCAAAUGGGGUGGCUCCUUUGCCCAGGUCUGCUCUGCUCAUCCAGCUGGCCACUGCUAGGCCUCGGCCCAUCAAGGCUAGGCCCCUGGACUGGCGUGUCCAGUCCAAAGACUGGCCCCACGCUGGCCGUCCUGCCCACGAGCUUCGCUACAGCAUCUACAGAGACCUGUGGGAGCGAGGCUUCUUCCUCAGUGCGGCUGGCAAGUUCGGGGGCGACUUCCUGGUCUAUCCCGAUAAAUACCCAGGAGUAGAAUUGCUGGAAGCCUUGCUCUUUUAGAUUUACAUUACCUGUUACUUAGUCUUCUGGAAAGCGCCCUACUCAGGGUCCUACUUUACUUGAACGCGUUCAUCUAAUCUGGGGGCAAACUAUAGCCCCAGGUCAAAUCCGGCCCACUGACUGGUUUUUUUUAAACAAAGUUUUAUUGGAACACAGCCUUGUCCAUUUGUUUACAUAUGGUCUGGGACUGCUAUUGUGCUAGAGUGGCAGAUUUGAAUGUUGGCAGCAUGGCCCACAAAACUGAAAAUAUUUACUCUCUGGCCCUUUUCAGAAAAAUUUUGUUGACUCCUUUCUUCUAUCUAUUUUAUUAUGCCAUCCUAUUGUAAAUUGUUUUCUUACUUUUAGUCUGUUAGAGUCACUUCUCAUUGGAUAUUUACAUGAUACCCUUUUGAGUUCCUCAUGGCUUUGACUGACAACGAUGUAUUCAAUUAUUUGUUUUCAUUUUUGUUUUUUAAAUAAGAUUAUGCUAUACAUGUAUGUCAACUUACCCCACCUCCAAGGUCCAAGGGUGUCUUUUAAAAUAUUGGUAGUGAUAGCUGGAACCAUCCCCAUGUCCUCCGUGUGGACGUCCCAGUGUCUUCCAGCUCCCUGCCACUGGAAACUGCUACCUGCCUCUCUCCU